UUUCUAUUUGCGUUGACUGCUCAAGACUCAAAGUGCCUUGAUGAACACUGACGAGUUAAAUGCGCUGGAGGCAACGUUGGCCUUCUUUGACACCUGUGACGACGUUGUUACGGAGUUCUCCUCUGGCCACAGCAGCGAUGAGAGUAGCCACAGUGUGCACAACAUGUCAGCGGAGACCAUCACAGACGUGGCAGUAGGACUCCUCACUAACAGCAGCAACCCUCGUGGACACGUCAGUGCUGCGGCAGAGGAGAUCGUUCGGGUCAAAGCCAAGCUAGAAGUUCCAGGAAGAAAUCGGUCUCGAGACCUUCAGAAGCUGGAGCUGCUUCAGCUGCGCGUGGAGGCUGAAGCUCUGCAACAACGAGUGGAAGAACUGCAGUUCUUGAAUGGGGACAUCGAAAACCCCCUCACAGCUCUAAUAACGGACACUUCAAGCUGGUCUCAGCGAUCCGAUGAAAUACGGCGUGGUGCCUGGCAAGGAAUGGCAAAGAGACAGAAGAAGCUGCGAAAAGAAGCGGAAUCCGAAAAUAAGCAACUUCGGGGUCUCGUCGAGAGUCAACUGAAGACUGUCAAGACACUCAAGAGGUUAUUUUACAAGCAGGGAAUGGCGAAGAUAAACCCGGGCUUAUCUCGUGGUCUUAACGCUAGCAUCAUUUCAGACGGCCCUUCUCAAGAGUACAAGGUGCUAGAGAAACUGAGUCGCAACCUGAACGACUUGUUUUCCGACACCGAUAGCGUAUUUGAGUCGAAUGGUCUUAGAGCCAUAUCGUCUCCAUUUUUACAGGUCAACAAACAGCCACUGUCUGCUGCCAACACGAGGAUUGACUUCCUUAAAUGUGAUGUGCUCCCAUUCGAGUAUCGCACCGUUGCAAAGAUCUUCGCGGAUAAAAUGGCGUCGAACUUUGAAUCGGAGGAAGACAAGCACAUUCCGGUAGGUACUGAUCCUUCAUAUUACUAAACUUAUUAUCCAUUUGAUCGAUCGGGAUGUGCUGAUUGAUAUCACUUGUUUUGUUUGUUAGUCUAACCUGAAGGAGAAUGUGGUGGCACGAGCCACGACGCUAGAGCUAGAGCAAUUAAAGAUCCAAUUUCGCUUUACAGGGUACAAAUACGCUGAAGUCAAGCGAGAAGUCAUCGUGCUUUCUGGCCAAAACAAGCUUCUGGAAGCGUUCGGAGUUGCGGUUGACGGGAUCAGAUACCAAGAAAAAUCUUGGUGUAUAUUGUCGGAGAUGUCACCGGGUGUCUGCCUCAUACAAUUGUGUAUUAGCGUCACACUGGAGGCGAAGCCACUGGUGGACGGUCGUCGCGGGUUUGUCAACAAGCUGUGCGAGCUGUUGGCUGGUUUCAAACAAGAUAUGUUUGAUUCAGUACAGCAGGAGGUCGAGCGCGACCUCCUUCGAGCUAGUUAGUGAUAUGCUUGUCUAAUGACCAAAUUUGUUAUUAAAAGACAUUGUCCGCCUAAUAUCCUGCUCUACUUUAACACACUUCCGGAGAUACAACCUUAGUCCGCUCCAAAUAUAACUCUACUUUUGAC